GAACCGUCGUUUGGAGAAAGGGGAAAGGGAGAGGUAGUUUCGAAGAGAAAGCAGGGCUGUGUUUCUGAAGUCUGCUGAGGUCUUUAGACCUCUUCUGCCGAAAAUUUCAAGAACUUCGGCAAAAUGCUCCGAUUGAAAGAAAUGUUGAGCAUCAAUAUAUUUAUUUUUUUGAUAGUUUUAGUGGCCUCUGAAGAUGGUCAUUUGCGAGGAAGAGGUGAUAGGCGAUGGACUGACAGAGAUAGAGAGAGAGUCUUUCCAUCUCAAAGUUUUUCCCCUGUCCAUGCCUGUGAAGAGUCAAGUUGUUACCCUGCAACUGGUAAUCUCUUGAUCGGACGUGAGAAAUAUUUAACAGCCUCUUCUACUUGUGGAACUAAAAGAGAAGAAAGAUUUUGCAUCGUAAGCCAUUUAAAAGAACGGAAAAAGUGCUUUAAGUGUCACUCAGUUCCUGAAAAUAAAGAUAUUCCCAAGUUGUACCACGGCAUCGAAAAUAUAGUUUCAACAAUUGGUAAAAAAUUUAGAGGACCUCGAAAAUGGUGGCAAUCGGAAAAUGGAGUGGAAAAUGUAUAUAUACAGCUUGACUUAAACAACAAGGAGUUCCAUUUUACUCAUUUAAUAACAACCUUCAAAACAUUUCGACCUGCAGCCAUGUUGAUUGAAAGAUCUCAUGAUUUUGGAGCUACCUGGAAGGUCUACCAAUAUUUUGCCUAUGACUGCAGUGAAUCUUUUCCUGGUGUUCCUCGAGGACCUCGGCAGAAGAUCACUGAUGUUGUUUGUGAAUCUCAUUAUUCAGGAGUAGAACCAUCUACAGAGGGGGAGGUUAUCUUUAGAGUCUUACCUCCGAACAUUCCAAUUGAUGACCCAUACAGUGCUGAUGUUCAAAAUUUGUUGAAAGUUACUAAUUUAAGAGUCAAUUUCACGAAACUUCAUACACUCGGGGAUAAUCUGUUAGAUUCUCGAGGUGAGAUCAAAGAAAAAUACUACUAUGCUGUUUAUGAUAUGGUUGUAAGAGGAAGUUGCUCGUGCUAUGGCCAUGCCAGUGAAUGUGUACCAGCACCCGGAGAUCCCAUAGGUUCAGGAAAUCAUGAUAUGGUUCAUGGUCAGUGUAAGUGCACCCACAAUACUAAGGGUCCCAACUGUGAGGAGUGCGAAGAUUUUUACAAUGAUUUAAAAUGGCGUCCAGCCAUAGGAAGACAAACGAAUUCUUGUAAAAGAUGCAACUGUAAUGGCCAUGCAUCUAAAUGCCACUUUGAUAAUGCAGUAUAUGAAGCAACAGGAAGAGUCAGUGGUGGUGUAUGCGAUGACUGUGAACACAAUACACAGGGAAGAAAUUGCGAGUUGUGCAAGCCGUUUUUCUAUCAAGAUCCAGGAAGGGACAUCAGAGACCCAAAUAUAUGUCAAGCUUGUGAUUGUGAUCCUACUGGUUCGCUAGAUGAAGGCAUUUGUGACUCCCGUACCGAUUUACUUUCUGGUCUGGUUGCUGGACGUUGUCACUGUAAACGGAAUGUCGACGGGCGUCGUUGUGAUCGGUGUAAAAACGGCUUUUGGAAUUUCCAGGCAGAAAACCCUGAGGGAUGCGAAGCAUGUACAUGCAAUGUACUUGGCACCAUUGGAAACUAUGGAUGUAACGUAUAUACAGGAGAAUGUGUGUGCAAAAGGAAUGUCGUUGGGCGCGACUGUAAUCAGUGUCUUCCAGAGUAUUGGGGCUUAAGCAAUGACGAUGAAGGGUGCAAACCAUGUGACUGCGAUGCUGGUGGUUCUUACGAUAAUAACUGUGACGUCAUAACUGGGCAGUGCAGAUGCCGAGCGCACGUUGGUGGAAGACGUUGUGAUCAACCUGAGGCUGGUUUUUUUUCUGGGAAUUUAGACUACAUGGUUUUUGAAGCUGAACUUGCUAAAGGAACACCUGAUACACAAGUUUUAGUGAGGGAACCUUAUGGAGACAGAGAUUCAACAUGGACAGGAUUAGGAUUCAUGAGGGUGUUUGAAGGAUCACACCUGGAGUUUGACAUCACUGAUAUUCCUCAGUCGCUGGAAUAUGACAUUGUAGUUCGAUAUGAACCUCAGCUUCCUGGAAAAUGGGAAGAAGCUAGAGUUGUGAUAGAAAGACCUGGACCAGUUGAUCCAAAUGGACCCUGUGCCAAUACUAUUCCUCAAGAUGACAUUAAGCUUGUGUCAUUACCAUCUGGCCAAAGGUUUUCUGUUGUAUAUCCUCCUGCAUGCUUGGAAAAGGGAAAAAGCUAUGUUGUACGAAUUGAGUUCAAACACUAUGACAAAGAAGUUCAAACUCCCUCAGCCUCAGUUCUCGUAGACUCGAUCGCUUUCGUUCCAAGAAUAGACAGCAUAUCAUUUUUCCAUGGAUCAGCUGCCAACGAAUACAGGAGACAAGAAUUUGAGCGAUUCCGCUGCGGUCAAGCUUUUUACUCGGUCGUACGUCCGAUUCCAAACGAAGUGUGUAAAAAGUAUCUGUACAGCAUAGGAUUUUAUGUCUAUGAUAAGGCUCAUGAAUGUGCAUGUGACCCUACUGGAUCAUUGAGUACCAACUGUGAUAAUCUUGGUGGACAGUGCACUUGCAAAGCUCACGUUGUUGGACGAAGAUGCGAUCGAUGCGCUCCUGGAACUUAUGGAUUUGGUCCUGCAGGAUGUCGCCCUUGUGAUUGUAACAGCGUUGGUUCUCUUGACAAUUUCUGUGAUGCACAAAGCGGAAAUUGCAAAUGUCGGCCCAACACUUAUGGACGUCAGUGUGAUGAAUGUCAGCCAGGUUUCUGGAACUAUCCCAACUGUGAACGCUGUGACUGUAAUGGACACGCAGAUACCUGUGAUUCAAGAACUGGCUAUUGCAUUGAUUGCAGUGAUUUUACUGCUGGUCCUAAAUGUGACAGAUGUGAUACAGGGUAUUAUGGUGAUCCCAGAAUAGGUGUUGGCAUACCAUGUCGUCCAUGCCCAUGCCCUGGUGUUGCUGGUAGUGGCCUUAGUCAUGCACAAAGCUGUGAACUAGAUCCUCGCUCUCAAAAUGUUCUCUGUCUCUGUGAUGUAGGAUAUGCAGGUGAGCGCUGUGACCGUUGUGCCAACAAUUACUAUGGUCAACCAACUGUGCCAAAUGGAACAUGCCAAAAGUGUGAGUGCAACAGAAAUACUGAUGAAACUGUUCCUGGCAACUGCAACCCAGACACAGGAGAGUGUUUACAAUGUUUGUAUAAUACAGGAGGUCAUCAUUGUGAAGAAUGUAUGGAUGGCUUUUAUGGUGAUGCGACAAGACAAGAAUGUUUAAAAUGUGUUUGUAACAGUUUGGGAACAGCUGAUGUGAAUGGUAUUUGUGACAAGAGAUCAGGACAAUGUCCUUGCUUACCGAAUGUGGUCGGCAUUUCUUGCGAUAGGUGUGCACCCAAUCAUUGGAACAUAAGCAGCAGAACAGGAUGUAAAGCUUGUGAUUGUGACCCAAUUGGAUCAUAUGCAUCUGAAUGCAAUGAGUUUGAUGGUCAAUGCCCGUGCAAGCAUAGUUUUGGAGGGCGUAAAUGUGACGAGUGCCAAACUAAUUAUUGGGGUGAUCCACACAUUCAGUGUUAUGCUUGUGAGUGCAACCGUGAGGGCUCUAAGACGUUACAGUGCAGAAGGGAUGAUGGUUCGUGUGUGUGUUCAGAAGGCAUUGCUGGAAGGAACUGUGACAUGUGCGCCAGAGGUUACACAGGAAAGUCACCUUUCUGUGAUCCUUGUGGAGAGUGUUUCGACAACUGGGAUUCUAUUUUACAAGAACUGAAAGAUCAGACCAAAGCUCUGUUAGAUGAAGCUAGUAGGAUCAAGCAGACUGGAAUUACUGGUGCGUAUUCAAAGGAAUUUGCGGAAAUGGAAGGGAAACUCGAAAAAGUGAGGGAAAUUCUCGCUGAUGCAAAUGUGACGGGUGCCGACAUCGAAGAUUUGAAGCACAUGGUGGAUCAAUUGAAACAAAACUUGACUGUUACUCAAGAGCACUUAGAUGUAAUCGAUGGAGAACUUAAUAAUACAACACAAAGGAUUUAUGAUGCUAAUUUAGCACUCACCGAUUUACGCAAAAGAGCUGAUGAGUUGACAAAUGAUGCUCAAUCAUUGAAAGAUAAUGCAACUGCAUUGCAGGAAGCUAAUGUCGAAGGUGCAUUCAAUAUAACAAAGGAUGCUAAACUAAGAUCUGACAAUGCAGAUAAUAAAGUGAGAGACUCUCGUGCAGUUCUUCAGGAAUCAGAAGGUCAUCGUCGUAGAACCGAAAAACUGUUGAAAGAUGCUACCAAUCUAUACAACCAAACUUAUCUAGAAAAUGAAGCCGCACUGAUGAAGAUUGCCGGAAAAAUUAAUUCUAUUGAAAAUGCUAUUCCUGAUCUUAACAACAUUGUUUGUGGUGGACAUGGUGGUGUGACAAAAUGUGAUUCAUUGUGUGGAGGUGCUGGAUGUGACAGAUGUGGAGGCCUGGGUUGUGGUGGAGCCGUGACUAGGGCUGACAAUGCUUUCAGUUUAGCAAAAGAUGCUGAGAAAGAAAUAAGAGAAAAGGAACAGAAAGCCAAACAUCUUCUGGGAGAAAUUGGAGAGGCUAGAAAGGAUGCUAAUGAAGCUUUAGAGGAAGCUAGAUUAGCUUUUGAACAUGCUCAAGCUGCAAAAAAUAGGUCUGAGAAUGCAACUGGUGUUGUUGAAGAUUUGUUAGACAAAAUUGAGCAAUUUCUGGAGGCUGGAGGAGCCAAACCAGCCGAAAUAAGAGAUUUUGCUGAACAGACUUUGCGAUUAUCAAUAUCUUUGGAGCCUGAACAAAUAAGUGGACUAGCCCGCCAAAUCAAUGAAACAAUUGCUAGUCUUACUAAUAUUGAUGCAAUUUUGAAUGCAACAGCUGGAGACCUUGGUGAAGCUCAAGCAUUGAAAAAUAGAGCAGAUAGAGCUAAGGAUAAUGCUGAAGCAAUUUUAGAUACAGCCAAGCAGGUAUUAGAGGCUUUAGAAGAGGCACAGAAGGCUCAAGAUCGUGCUGAAGCUGCGAUUGAAAAAGCUAAUAAUGAUAUCAAAACGGCUGACAUUGAUCUCAAUGAGAUUGGCAUUGAAACUGCUGGAGCUCAGGAAAUAGCUAAUAAGUCUGUGGACGAUAUAAAGAAUAUGCAGGAUAGGUUGGAUAAACUGAAGAAAAAGUUUACUGAGAAUGAGCUUAAUGCAAGGAAAUCAGCUAAUGAAGCAAAUGUUGCCGGUAAAUUAGCAGAGCAAGCAGAAGGGGAUGUUCAAGACUUAGAAGACAAAUACAAUGAAGCAUCCCGUGCACUGGAUGACAAGGCUAAAUUGAGUGGUGAAAGAAAAGAAAGAGCUGACAGGCUGAGGGAACGUGCCAAAAAACUUGCCGAAGAUGCUAAUGGACGUUUAAAUGAGUUACAAGGGGUCGAAGAUGAAUUUGACGAAAAUGAGAAGAGGCUGAAGGACUUCUCCGAUUUGCUCGACAAACUAAACGCAGAGAUGGAAGACCAUUUGAAUGUUAUAGAAGCUCGAUCUGCUUAUUACAGUGGUUGUCAAGGCUAAAUUAAAACACUUUGUACUUAUUUGAAGACUCAAAGCUUACCUUAAAGCUACCUCUAACAAUCUAUUAACACUUCUGAUCUGCCUGUACAGUGUGGUUGCCAAUACUAAAUUAACUGUCUUUUUCUUAUGCAUUUUUGUUUACAGUUCUACAAAAUAUUGUCUCUUUCUGUGCUUGAUUUUCUCAGGAAAUCUACCUUCUGUGAAGGAGCUUUUUUUAAAUUUUUUUUUUCUCAUGUGAAAUUUAUAUAAUUCCUCCUUUAUGCUCCAUAAAAUACAUGCGUUUGAAUUUUUUUAAAAAUUCCAUGUGUCUUGCAUAGUAUAAUUUAUGGUUUAUUACUUGCGUAUGCCAAAUUUAGAAAGUUUAAGAAAUUCAAUAUAAACUGAUUUGCCAGAAGUAUCCUAAAAAAAUUAAAAAUGUUUUAUAUUUACUGUAAUUAAAUGGAAGUGUUUUUUUAUGAUAAUCUCGUUACGUUUAUUUAUCAAUGAAUUAAAGAUGCAAACCAGUGUAGGUUUAAAAACAAGGUAAGUUUGAUAAAAUCAUUAUCAUUAAUUCAAUGUUAUAAUUAUAAAUAUUUUAAAUAAAAUUAUUAUAAAAUAUAAUUGUUAUAAAAUAUAAAUUUAUGUAAUAUAAAAUUAUAUAAAAUAUUUUAAGCUUGUUAUUACAGGUUCAAACUUUGUUAUUUAGUAAUUCUGAUUGUUAUUUAUUAUAAAGUAUUGGAUGAUGAAACUGAAUUGAAUGUUAAAAUCAAAAGUUAGUUAGGUAUUGUUUGGAACGUAAAGCAGAAUUAUACAUUCUGUCACAGAUCUGUAUUUAUUAAUAUAAGCACUUAUUUAAGUUGAUAUAAAUGCAGUUAUAAUUAUUUUAUUCAAUAUGUACUAUAAUUUCAUGUUUUAGUUGAGGUUAUAUUUUAUAGUCAAGGUUAUGUUUUGUAUAAAAUUAGAGAGCAAAAUCUUUCAGUAUUGAACUUCCUUAACUACGGUGUUAAAAAAGAUUUAUAAUAAAAAACUGAUCUUGACAUUUAAAAAAAAAGAUUAAUUUCAGUGCUUGUAAUUUUUGAUUCCUGAAAGAUGUGUGGAAAACAAACAGUGUCACAAUUACUUUAGAAUAUUGUCAACUAAUUUGAAAAUAUUUGCACUUACAAGUAUUUAACUAUAAGAUAAAACAAAAUUUAAUCAAACAUUUCACACUAAAUUGAAAUAAUUAAGUAGAAAUAUUACCUAUUGACUACGAACCUGUAUAGGUUAGCAUCUUUUAAAAUAUCUUUUAAAUUUUAUAGCAAUCAAACUGUUAUUUGAGCAAAACAAAAUCAUUUCAUUAAAAAAAAAAUUUAUACAUUUUAUUAACUAACAAAUAUUUUUUCAGUCCCCUUCAGCUUUAAAAACAAAUUAAGUAUUUCCUAUUUUAUCUAUGUUUCAAAUAUUCUACAAUAUUGCUUUUUUGCUUAUGAAAAAAAGUUCUGCUGUUAUGGAUUUAUUUAUUUUAAAUAAUUAUUAUCCUUUUAUCAAGUGAACAAGCCUUAUUUGGUGCUAUUUUAUUACAUUUGUAUUAUUGACAGUUCAAAACAAAGCUAAACAUUAUUGACAGUUAAAGCGUUAAAAACAAAUUUAUAUUGUUGACAAUUUUCUUUUUCAGCUCAAUGUCUUAUGAAAUAUAACACUUACUCUUUGUAAAUAAUGUAUUGAAAUAAUUUUGAUUAUUUACUCAAUCAAUGAAGAAUAAACAUUAUUCUAAUAAUAAUAACCCCUAAGAACAAAGCUAGCUAGAUAAAUUAAUAAGAUAAUAAUUCUAAAGAUCAAUACUUGUUAGAGCAAUUAACAAUAAUAAUUUCUGUGGCCAAUACUGGUUAGCAUGUAUAACUUGUAUGUAACUUGUUAUAACAUGUAAGUAAAUUGUGCAAACCAAAAAUUAAAUAUUGUGAAAUUAUGCAUUUUUAGAAAAUUCAACUGGUUAAUGAUUACUCACAAAUAUGUAUUUACAUGUUACAUUUUAUAUCAUUAAAUACUUUUAGGAGCUUUAAUCCAUGAAAUAUUUCUAUAUGUAAUUAAAGCAACAAAAUCAAAGUACAUCGUUUAAGGGACAAUUUUUUUUGAAAUUGCUGUUUAAAGCAAAUAAAAUGUAGUUUUCCUCGUAAUUUGAACUUAUAAAAUCAAUUUUUUAAUCUCUUUAUUUUAUGUUCUAUUCAUAUUUUUUACUUUUUUGGUAUUGGUAUCAAUUUGUGUCAUUGCCUGAGCUUACAAGUUUCUAAAAACCAAUUUCGCAAAAAUAUUUAUGGAAAAAUAUUCUUUCAUAGUUAUGCAGUGUUUUAUUUUUAUGCUAUAUCACUUUUAUACAUUUAAUAUUUCUGUAGGUUAUGAAACAAACAAAAUCAAAGUAUAUCUUGUAAGCGACAAUUUUCCUAAAAAUGAUUUCCAAAAAAAGGCAAAGAAGAAACAAUUUUCCAAAUAAUUUUAUAACGGUACUCCAUAAUUUAUAACGUAUUAAGUAAUUUUAUUAUCUUAACUAAUCACAUAAUGUUUCAUUCAGCAUUUUUUCAUUUUUAAAAAUUAUUCUUGCUUUUAGUAUUAAUUAGGAAAAUUCACCAUUGACUUAGCAUGUAAAUUGUCAUUUUGUUUUUAUUUCAUUUAAACCAAUAAUGUAAAAAAAAAAAUAUUCAUACAAAAAAUAUAUUCAUACAAAAAAUAUAUUUUUAAAGUUAUGUAUUGUUUUAUUUGCAUGCAUUGUGUCUUUUAUAUUAUGACUGCCUACAUUGUAGUCAUUAAUUUUAUUUUAUAUUGUGCCAAAAUUAUAAAUUAGAUUUAUACACAGAGUUUUGUUUAACAUUAAAUUAGUCAGUGUAGUCUUUUUAAUAUAUAUAUUUUUUAACCUUUUGUUAUUUUUAUAUUUACUUUAAUUUUUCAUUAUUUUUCUAUUUCUUUUCAUAGUUUAGUAGAGCAUAUUAUACGUUUAUUAGUUUUCAUAAAUGUUUGAAACUUUUUUCAAAAAAGAUCAACUUCUAAAAUAUAUUAACAUGUGUUAAAUAAAGCAAGUUUAUAUUUUCCUAAUUUUAAUAUGGGUUUAGUAUUUUUAUUAAUAUUUAAUGUUACUAAAAAUCAUAAAUUAAAUAUUAAAAAAUAUAUGAAUACUAAUACAUAUAAAUAUUAAUUUAAUUAAUAAAUAUUAUAAAUUAAAUAUCAAUAAAAUAUUCUAUGUGUUAAUGAUAUAAAUAUUGACAAUCAUUAGUAUUGUUUUUUUAAUCAUUUAGAGCUUAUACUUUAUUUAAGGCUAAAAAAAUGUAAAUCAUUAAGUUAAAUUUGUUUUUUCAAACUGCCAAUUUAGUUUAAAAUGUCUGCAGCUGCUUUGUGGCUAGUGCAAUAUGAAAUAUUAUAUGUAACUCUUGUCAUGUUCCUCAAUAUUUACUACUGUUAAUCAAAAAACGUUAAACUUUUUCAAAAAUGUAUUCUUGAGUAACUUUUUAGUUGAAAAAGUUACAUAAGUUUAUUUACUGUUAAUGAAUAUUAUUAAAAAAGUAAUUGCUUUUUAUGUAUUUAUACUAUUUAAUUAUAAUUUAAGUGCAGGAAUUUGUAUUGAUAAGUCAGUAACAUUCCUUACAAAUUUUGUAACUCAUUUACCAAGUUUUAGAGUUUUAUAUGUUUUUAUCAAUUUGAAUUUUUUAAGUUAUAGUUUUGAUUUUUUUUUAAAUCAUUGUUGCAUUUAUUUUUUUAUUUGAUUUUAGUAAUAUAUUUAAACUUUGUGGAGUAUUUGUUGCACAUUUUGAGUGCUACAAUUUUGAUCUGAAUGACUUUGAACUUAAAACUGCCAUGUAAUAACUCCGCUUUGUUUAUAAAAUGCCUUAAGCUUCUUGUUUAAAUAAUGUGCCAAAAAAAUCGUGAUUAAAACAGAUUGUUGUUAAACAAACUUUUAGAUUUCCCUUUACAUUCACUGUAAUGUGAUUUAUGUCACCAUAGUAUGGUCAACAUAUUUGAAAUAAAUUGAUUUCUUUAA